UUACCAUUGGCCACAUUCAUGUUUCACGUCAGCCGCUCUUUCACGUCACCUCAAAGCUACACAGGUUUGCAAGGCUCGUGGAAUUGCAAGGAAGAGAGGACGGUGGCCUGGUUCAGCCUCAGUUUGGUGCUUAUGCACAGGCUGGAUGUUGGAUUCUAUAACACCUGUUCAGAUACGUGAAAACGACAUCACCGGAACGCAUUCGUUAAUAUGUGGCUGAUCAAUGCUUCAACGCUGGAACACGAAGAGUUUGAGCCCACCGUCGCACCGCCGUACGCUAUCCUCUUGCACACUUGGGAAACCGGGAAACUGUCGUAUCAGGACGUACAAGCCCAUCGCAAAGCAGGAAAAGAAACCAAGUACGCGAAGCUUGUGGAAGGAUGUCGUGUGGCAGUAAAAGCUGGAUACGAAUUCUUCUGGAUCGAUACCUGCUGUAUUGAUGAAAUGAAUCAUGUCGAGCUCAGCGAGGCUAUUAAUUCCAUGUUUCAAUGGUACCGACAAGCCGGAGUCCGUCUUGCCUACUUCGUUGAUUCUUGACAUGGAGUCUACGUUCGCCAAAAGCAGAUGGUUUACCAGAGGCUAGGCAGUACAGGAGCUGAUUGCGCCACCUUGGGUGGAGUUUUUUGCAUCUGGUUGGACGAGGAUUACAACGAAGAGGUGUUCGUCUUCGAUCAUAGCAGAGGUCACUGGCAUAUCGGAAAGCUUUUUACUCAGAGAAGAGCUUGAAAACGCCAGUGUGGCAAUGCGUAUGUCAUGGGCGUCGAGGAGGGUCACCACGAAAGGUGAGGGCAUUGCGUAUUGUCUGUCGGGACUUCGACAUCCAGGUGCGGUCUUGUAUGGAGAAGGCAAGACCAGAGCCUUCCGACAGCUGCAGCAAGAAAUUAUCAAGGACUCCGACGAUCAGAGCAUCUUUGCUUGGGCGAUAAACGAUACACAA